AUGAAGAUGAUCUCGGCCCCGGGGAUAAGAGUCUUCACAGAAAGCGAUCGAAGCGUUCAUAUCACUGAAGACACUGGUCCCAGUAUUGUGGAUGGAGGAAGUGGUUUUGUAGUCAAGGGCUUGAUCAAUUUAAAUAACACCUGUUUCUUUAAUUCAGUCCUCCAGAAUCUCUUAUCGGUUAACAGGCUUCGUGAUCAUUUCAUGGAAAUGGUCGAGGAUGUUGGACCUCUACACAUGGCUCUUAAGAACCUUGUCAAUGAAACUAGUCCAGCCACCAGGUCGAGAGAGGCAGUACUAAGCCCCAAAUGUAUUUUUCAGUGCCUUGCUGAGAAGUUUCCCAAGUACGAAGGAUAUCAGCAGCAUGACAGUCAUGAAUUGCUUCGCUGUUUACUUGACGGGUUGAAUGAAGAAGAGCUAAGAAAUCAGGGUCCUAAUGUCAUUCAAUCUACCUUUGGGGGGCGAAUAUCCAGUACCAUUUCUUGUUUGGAGUGUGAAAGCUCUUCAAGAGUGGAUGAGCAGUAUCUCGAUCUCUCACUGCCAAUUCCUUCCAAGAAACUCCCUUGUGAAAAGAUAGGAUCGGUUUCAGGAAAGAAACGGAAACUAGAGAGCCCCCAUCUUGAUGUUAAUAGCAAUUCAUGUCGAAACGUUACAGUCCUGCAGCCGCCGUGUGGUGCCACUUCUAGUUUUCAGCAAACUGGUAUGGAUAUCUGCAAAAUAAUUGAGGAUGCUGUAGCCCGUGUUACAAGCCACUGUCUCUCGACUUAUGAAGAGCUUGUGACAGUGGCUUCCAAUUGUGAUGAGAUGUUGAGAAGAGAAUGUGGGGUCUCCCCGCCUGCUAUGGAUUCGACAUGCAACGAAUCAGUGGAUUAUUUGUUUGAGGAUCUGUCGGAAAAUAAGAUUGCAGAAUGUGGUUCUAUUAAUUACUAUAGAGAAUCUCUUCCAGAUGAAGUUGUUAAUAUCGAUUAUCCAGUGUCGUUAGAGAGUUGUUUCGCAUGUUUCACAAAGCUGGAGCCCCUUAACGGUUGGCAGUGCAAUGACUGUUCAGUUGAACAGAAAGGGGUUCAAUCCGAGAAAAAUAAUGCACUGCAGGGGGGAACCAGUGGACAAGCUGUAGGAUCUGAUGAAUUGAGAGGCAGUGGCAGCGACAACGACAAAUCAAAUUCUGAGAGCAUGGAGGAAAGGGGCGGAACUAAGAGGAUCCUCAUUGAUCAGGCACCACCUGUUCUGACCAUCCACCUCAAGAGGUUCAUUCAAGGCCCUGACGGUCACCUGAGUAAGUUGGCAGGCCAUGUUGAUUUCAGAUAUGCACUUGAUCUCGCGCCAUUCAUGGAGCCAAGGAGCUUGGAAACAGAUGAGUACCAGUAUCGUCUGAUUGGCAUGGUGGAGCAUCUUGGGACCAUGAGGGAAGGCCACUACGUCGCAUAUGUGAGAGGUUUGAAGAUCACAAGGGGCGAUGGCACAGAAAACACUGAUUCUGCGUGGUACCGUGUCAGCGAUGACUAUAUCCUUGAAGCUUCAUUGGAAGAAGUUCUUUGCGCCGAGGCCUAUAUCCUGUUCUACGAGAAACUCUGA